CAGUCCUCCUCACUCACUCCAUAUUUCUCUCUAAAAAUAAAAAUAAAAGUUAGUUCACACCUUCAAUGGGGCGGAGCAAAUGUACGACGGCGGUGGCUCUGGCAUUGUGCGCCACAUUAGCGGUGAUGUUGCCGGAAUUAGUCGCCGGUAAACGGUACAUCGUGGGAGGAAACAUGGGCUGGACCACCAACUAUAACUACACUCUUUGGGCCGCAAACCAAACAUUCUACCGUGGUGACUGGCUCUUUUUCGUGUAUGACCGAAACCAAAACGACAUAAUAGAAGUGAACAAGACCAACUACGAAACCUGCAAUGCUGAGCAUCCAGUUCACAACUACACAACAGGAGCCGGAAGAGAUGUGGUGGAGCUCAACGUCACCCAUGACCGCUACUUCAUUAGUAGCAAAGGGUCCUGCUACGGCGGCAUGAAACUGCACGUACAUCUCUCUCGUAUACCACCACCCCCACGUGCAGCCCCUAUCAAGAGUGACUCUUCAACAUUCACCGUUCUCAGAAGCCAGCUCGUGAUCCCUGCUGUAGUCACCAUCGCCGCAAUAUGGGACUCACUACUGCUCCGUGUCUGAUGCAGUAAUGUAUUUGAUGACAGAUGGCAGACGAAAUCGUUGUCAUCUAGAAUCGAUAGGUAGGUUCUACCGCCCAAAAUGGGUACACCUUGUGUUUGGGUAAUACUGUUUUAAUCUUUUUCAGUGGGUGUUGUAUUUGUUUGUGGUUCAUUAUCUUUAAUUUGGCCUACAUUUCAAACUUGAUUUGUGGGUUUGAUUGUGUUGGGUGGAUGAAUGUAACUGAACAUUGAUUUACUUGGAUCAUUAAUUUAUUUAUUUCACUGCGUGACUAUUGACUAA